AAGACUGGGAGGAGGAGGUUAGUUGUGUAGAGAAGUGUGUUGGGUUAGUACGUACGUCAUUGUCGCUGUUAUCUCAGUUCACGUUUACUGUGACUCUCACAACCUUGAACUUCACUUGUGAAAUAUUUCCUGGUUUGAAGGAUUAUUCUCAAAAUUCCCACAUUGAUACUCUUCUUGAGUCAGCCAUGUUGUUCCUGCUGAUUGUUCUGAGUUUGGGAAUGCAGUUGGUCACCUCCUCGCCCUUAUUUGACAAGGUCACUCUUACUAAAGCUCAGGAAGACGCUAUCAUGAGAAUCGACGAGCUCCUGAACGACUUCCUUAGACAAUUGGCGCAAGAGUAUAGAGAGCGGUAUGCUGAGACCCAUGGAUCAGGUGACUCACAGAACAACGGUAGAGAGCGGUAUGCUGAGACCCAUGGAUCAGGUGACUCACAGAACAACGGUAGAGAGCGGUAUGCUGAGACCCAUGGAUCAGGUGACUCACAGAACAACGGUAGAGAGCGGUAUGCUGAGACCCAUGGAUCAGGUGACUCACAGAACAACGGUAGAGAGCGGUAUGCUGAGACCCAUGGAUCAGGUGACUCACAGAACAACGGUAGAGAGCGGUAUGCUGAGACCCAUGGAUCAGGUGACUCACAGAACAACGGUAGAGAGCGGUAUGCUGAGACCCAUGGAUCAGGUGACUCGCAGAACAACGGUAGAGAGCGGUAUGCUGAGACCCAUGGAUCAGGUGACUCACAGAACAACGGUAGAGAGCGGUAUGCUGAGACCCAUGGAUCAGGUGACUCACAGAACAACGGUAGAGAGCGGUAUGCUGAGACCCAUGGAUCAGGUGACUCACAGAACAACGGUAGAGAGCGGUAUGCUGAGACCCAUGGAUCAGGUGACUCACAGAACAACGGUAGAGAGCAGUAUGCUGAGACCCAUGGAUCAGGUGACUCACAGAACAACGGUAGAGAGCAGUAUGCUGAGACCCAUGGAUCAGGUGACUCACAGAACAACGGUAGAGAGCAGUAUGCUGAGACCCAUGGAUCAGGUGACUCACUGAACAACGGUAGAGAGCGGUAUGCUGAGACCCAUGGAUCAGGUGACUCACAGAACAACGGUAGAGAGCAGUAUGCUGAGACCCAUGGAUCAGGUGACUCACAGAACAACGGUCAACACCAGGUUAAAUAUGUGAACACCGAGGUGAAGAUUUCUGCAGAUGGUGAAGGUGUUACCCAAGAUACUCUUAACAUACCCGCUGAUCCAGUUGUGCAUCAAUUACAGAAUGUAAACUUGGCCGCUUCUGGGCAAGUAGACCAGAUCAUACCCACAGUGGAAGCAAGAUAUAUAGAUGUAUAGCAUGUAUACCAGAUCAUACUCACAGUGGAAGCAAGAUAUAUAGAUGUAUAGCAUGUAUACCAGAUCAUACCCACAGUGGAAGCAAGAUAUAUCGAUACAUAGCAUAUAGACUAGAUCAUACCCAAUAAUUGGUAGAAAAAUGUUUUACCAGGAAAGUAUAUAAGAACAAUGGAGGUACAAUUAUUACCAGAUUUUAGUCACUUUAAUGCCUAUAAAUCUGAAAGACAGUUGCCUUAAAAAGCAAAUUGAUAUAAUCAUUCAAGUAAUGUUUUGUAAAGCAUUGGCAAUUUAUGUAAAUUUUAUAAUAUAUUAGAUUUUUUAAAAUUUUUAGUCAAUUGAGUGAAGGAUUGAGACUGGUCGAGCGAUUGUUUUAAUGAUUGUUUUAAUGAUUGUUUUAAUGAUUGUUUUAAUGAUUGUUUUAAUGAUUGUUUUAAUGAUUGUUUUAAUGAUUGUUUUAAUGAUUAUUUUAAUGAUUGUUUUAAUGAUUGUUUUAAUGAUUGUUUUAAUGAUUGUUUUAAUGAUUGUUAUAAUGAUUAUUUUAAUGAUUGCUUUUAAUGAUUGUUUUAAUGAUUGUUUUAAUGAUUGUUUUAAUGAUUGUUUUAAUGAUUGUUUUUAUGAUUGUUUUAAUGAUUGUUUUAAUGAUUGUUUUAAUGAUUGUUAUAAUGAUUAUUUUAAUGAUUGCUUUAAUGAUUGUUUUAAUGAUUGUUUUAAUGAUCGUUUUAAUGAUCGUUUUAAUGAUUGUUUUAAUUACUGCUGUAAUGUGACAACUUCAUGCCAUCUACUCGUCUAUGGAUAGAUAUUCACGAAAGGAAACCAUUCAGUGACAGUCGGAAUUAUGUUCUCCUUCAGACCAUCAAGAAAGCAUCGUGUGAUCGUCAUCGGUAUUUUUCCAAUAAGAUAUCAUGACUAUGCCUCUCUUAACAUGACUUAUGAACUCGUAAUGACACGAAUGCAAACAAAUCAUACCACGGGUGGGGUUAGAACACGCGAUCAGAGAAUCAUAAAACGCCAGACCGAUGCGUUAGCUACUGGGCCAGCUAACGUGUCGGUCUGGAGUUUUAUGGGGUUCUAACCCUACCCGUGGUAUAGUUUGUUUAUGCGUAUCUUGUACGACUAUAAUAGGUAAUGGCUAAUGUGUCUUACGGAAGGCUGCUACUGUGUGUAAAUUUGUUAAUACAUUAACGUAGGAUGAAUCAAUGGUUUCUGUUUGAUACCUGGAGAAUGCAUCUUCAGCUAGGUUUCACACUCUCAUGGCUUGUGUGUUCUCCUGUACGACAAGUUUCAUUCUGCGUGAGAUCCUUAAGUCCCAAUUUCCAAAUUUUAGUCAACAAAUUGCCAAAUUUAUUUCCAAUCAGAACCUAAAGAAUGACUUUCUGAUAGACUUGAAAUAAUUAACAUUAACGAGAAGAAUGAUGUUCUGUAAGCUUAGUCUGUGUAUCAAAAAGGGGCUUAAUUGAUGCUUUUUUUAUAUUACACUUGGAAUCGUGUAUCCAGUGCAGUAACUGGAGAAUGCCGCGUCUGGUCGGGUUUAAACUUGAAAUAUUAUACAGUCUUUUAGAGAUUUCUGUCAAGAGGAGACUUUUUAAAGCUAUUUUGAAAAAAAAAAAUACUAUUCUAGCCCACAAAUAAAUCUAUUAAGCAGAAAUAUUGACAAGUUUCUUAUAUCACAAUAAACAACUGCCAUGAAUA